UUUUUUUUUUUUUUUUUUUUUUUUUGUGCGUAUCUAUUGAGCCCUUCAAUCGCUGUCGCGGUUGGCUCUUUGGUUUUGUGGUCAGUUUUUAGGAUCAGAAUCGCUAUUGGGAUUUUGGGGAUUAUCGGGGUGUUGUUGGAUCUGUGACCGAAGAGAUCUCGUGGGGUUUUUCCUUUUUCCUUUUUAUUUUUUUCGAUCGCUAUGGUAGGAGGAGGGCCUCAAGUUCUUGAACAGCCACAACAAUCUCUGCCUCAACCCCUAUCUACUGCAGAAGAGGAGGCUGUUAAGAGGAAUACCGAUUGUGUUUACUUUCUUGCUUCGCCUUUGACGUGUAAAAAGGGAAGUGAAUGUGAGUAUCGCCAUAGUGAAUAUGCCCGGGUCAAUCCUAGGGAUUGCUGGUUCUGGUUGAACGGUAACUGCUUGAAUCCAAAGUGUUCAUUCCGACAUCCACCUCUUGAUGGCUUGGUAGGAACUCCUCAUUCAACAACUCCGAGUUCUCAAAUUCCUUCCCAAACUUCAGCCAUUCCAUCCGCCCCUGUGAACUCAAGUAAACAAGCUGUCUCCUGCAUUUUUUUUCAGAAGGGUCUAUGUUUGAAAGGGGAUCGAUGUGCGUUCUUGCAUGGGCCGUCCCCUGUUCCAACGAACAAAGUCCCUCUGAUGGCAACAAAUGGCCAAGCUAGUGAACCACCAAGUGUGAAGAAAAUUGCUGGGGGUACCCAGAGGAGCAAUCAAGAACAGAAGAAUCCUCAAGAAAUUUUUUUGAAGUCAGUUGGUGAUGCAUCUGUUAAGCUUGCAAUGAAAGAUGGAAGUGUGCCGUCAAAGAUCGGAAACAUCAAUGAGAAGAGCAGACCACCUGCAAAAGUGGCUGAUGGUGGUUCAAGGUAUAAGGCUACAAAAUCUCUUCCAAUUUUAAAUGAGAGUUCAUUAAGUAGGGGUAAUCGUCUGCAACAGAGUCAUGUAAUUGAUGAUCAUGGGUUACAGAAUGGUAAGGAUGCUGAUGAGUUUUUGAAGGAGUCCUCUCCAGGUUUUGAUGUUCUUGUUGAUGAUGAGCUGAGAGGCUCUGGUUAUUAUGGCAGUGAAGAACAAUAUGGGAGAACAAGAGGUCAUGAUGGAGCAAAUAUGAUUUCUAUGAAUGAUUAUGACAUCAGUCAUUCUGCUGAUUAUAAGAUGAUGGCUAAUGUUGAUCAUGAUGUUUAUAAUGAUGUAACUGACUAUGAUUAUGACACUAGGAAGGGGCAGUAUGGUUGGGACCAGCGUUGGACCUCGUCUGAGAAGCUGUCUUUGGGGUCUGCCCAGAUGGAAAGGAGGCUCUCCCGAAAAUCUAUCAGUCCUGAACAUGUUCAGAAUGUGGAUUUACGUCAUCGUUUAAACAAGCAGAGAAGGGGAAAUGGUUUAAGAUCUGUAAUCAAUAAUGAAAAUGUUGGUAAUCGCCCUGAAGAACGAAACUAUCAUGCUUCUAGGAGAGAUUCUCACCCCUCUCAAGAAAGCUCCAUGAGUAACCGUCUCCGAGGUAGAAUAAAGCUCCCAAGGAUACCAUCACCAGUUAGAAGUAGUAAUGUGGGGCCAGAAAGAGAUUUCAACCGGGGAAGAUCCGGGGGAAGAUUGUCACCAGGAAGGUCACUUUCCUUGUCUUAUCAGGAAAGCAGUAGAGAUGAAAUGAAAGGCAGGCUGGAAGUAGAUUAUAACAAUGAGCGUAGAAAUUUCAAUGGUCUUAAUUCUGGGAGGGAUGGAAUGGAUGGAACAUCUGACUUUGCUGCUCCAAAACGUCUGGCCGAGCUGAAAGGCGAAAAACACGUGGUUAGCAAGGAGAAGCAAACCCUUGGCAAAAGAAAAGGCUUCGAUAACGAUCAACCUGGAGUUGAACUGUCGUUUGAGGGACCAAAGUCUCUCAGUGAGAUUCUUAGAAAGAAGAGACAAGUUAAAUCAGCUGUUGAUCUUCCUAUGAAUAAUGCCGAAAGAGAAAGCAGUGAAAGAUUAAAAGAACGCUCCAUUAUUCCCUCCGUGGAGCAAGGUGGUCGGUCAUCAACGAGCAAGCAAAAAGCAAAUAGCCUUGAAGGAAUCGUGUUCGCUCCAGUUGAAACUUUUGGGAAAGAAGAGGAAAACAUCAAUGUAACUCAUCACAAUUCUUCUCAGCCUAUCCAUUCAACCGACGAUCACGGGAUUGAAGCUUAUGAAGAAACCUUCGAGGACCCCGAGUACGAGGGAGAUGAUCUGAGAGACGGUGAAUACGAGUACGAGGAAGUCGAUGACAGAGAAUACAAUUAUGAAGAAGGUGACAACGUAGUUCCUGAGGAAGAGUAUAUGGACGAUGAAGACGGAGAUGACUUUGCCAAGAAGAUCGGCGUUAUGUCAUGAUCAUGAUCACGAUCACGAUCACAAGAGGACUUGCGCGUGCUCUUGCUACGAACAUUUUGUUAGAGGACUUGCGUGGUCAGUUCAAGAAUGGGCAUGUUCUAUCUGGACCAUUAGCAUAUUGGGAUUCCUCUUGUAUUCAUUAGAACACUCCUUUACUAGUAUUUGAUCUGAUUUGAGUUGAAACAACGUAAAAGUAUGUUGCAGAUUGCAGUUGCAGAGAGUGUAUGGUGUAGCGGUAGAAAAAUUAAAUAAGAAAAUUGAUAUCCUUUUCUUUUUUUUAA